AGCUACCGUGGAAACCUGUGACAUAAGCAGAGUUCCGCUUUAGGAUCCCGCCACCUGGGGGGUCUCCACCUGUACACAAUGGUAAUAACAGGGGAGUUUAGAACAUCGAAGAGAAUUCUGCAGCUUGCUCAGCACAAGGAAUCUAAAGCCAUAUGGGUCACCACACCUGGUACGAAGCUGACCUGGGGGAACCAGGAGUCAAUAUGGCCGCUGUCCUUGGCAGCAUUACGAGCUGUUCCGACUCCGAGGAUUCAAGCUUUGGCCCGACAAAAAAAAGACUUCUCUUCAUUCUAUCAAGAGCUGCUAAGGAAAAGGGAGGAGGAAGGAGGGUCGACGAAGACCACCCGCCCUUCCUCUCGCGAGGCACAAUACGAGCAGGCCGUCCGCCUUGCGACCCCCAAGGCCCGUACCAGGAGCUCCCAGGAAGUGAGCUCUCCUCAUACAGUGUGGUGUGAGUACAGUUGCCCUGUGUGGCACAUCAGCCCUGUGGGGCAGAAUGCUGUCAUCUCUCCACGCGUCCUCCAACUUUCCCGCCCCAAAACUACACAUACCGACUUCAGGGGCAACCGCCAGACAGUAGAAACACACGUAUCGUAUGCAGCAAAAACAGCUCGGACGACCCCCAGACUGGAGCAGUUGUGCUUGCCGAAACUCCGAAAGAGCAGCCUGUUCUACCACCAUGGCAGGCCGGAGAGCCCCAUCAGGCCUGUGUCCGAAGGAGCAAAGAAGGCCACAGCAAGUGCUCGUGUGAGACAACUGUCCACUCCAAAGACCCUCUCUAAGGACUACAUCCCUCCACGAGACCUGCGCACCCUGUGAGCUGGAGAGAGAGAGAGAGAGAGAGAGAG